AGGCUAUAAGGUGUUAGUUAGCUGGUGUUCAGUGUACAGUGUUAAUGGAGGCUAUAAGGUGUUAGUUAGCUGGUGUUCAGUGUACAGUGUUGUGUCCGUGGAGCAGCUCAGUCCUGCCCUCCGUAUCACUGCUUACAGGCUGUAAGACACUUAACACACCCUAUACCCCCAUUAACACAGUCGUUUGGCCAGAAAUGAAACGUUAGUGAAACCCAAACAAACAGCUGCUUCAGUUUUGCAGUGGAGCUGCAGGGCCUCAGUGCAAGUGGCUCAGGGCCUCAGCUGCGUUUGGGCUACGAGGAGGAAAGUGAUGCCAUCUGGCUCUUAUAUUUUGUCUUCUCUUCCUGAUCCUCACAGCCACGGUGGAUUAGAUCAGGUGGAUUAGAUCAGGUGGAUUAGAUCAGGUGGAUUAGAUCAGGUGGAUUAGAUCAGGUGUGUCAUUCUGACUGGACCCUGUAGUAGCUGCUCUCACAGUAGCUGCUUUGUGAUGAUGUUCGUAAAAGGUCUACGAAGUCAUCAUUAUGAUUUCAUAUUUAACCUUCCAAGUAUCCAAUGAAUAAGAUGUCACGUUCUGCCGUUACUAACGUUAUUUUAUUGUAAUCAUUUCCAGUGGAACUGUCCUGAAGAUGUUUUAUCGUAUUAAGAGGGUACGAUUAGUUGAUAGUAGAUUGUGCUUUAAACUAACUCGUGCCAUCGCUAUUCCUGCUGCUGUGUAGGAAUCUAACGCGUCACUCUUCUCAGCUGGACUGUACAGAUCACCUAGUGAUUUUAUUUAAUACAUUUCCUCAUCCCUCUGAUAUUAAUUCCUGGCCUGACCAAUCCCUGACGGGUUUCUAAAUCUUUUCAGAAGCGGGUCUGCCUUGCAGCGGGUAGGCGUUGGUUUUAACCCGGGUUUCAGCUCUGUGAGAUGUGAAGCUGCUGAACAGCGGCACGUGCAGAAUGCAGGCAGUCGCUACGCUACGGAUCUGCUGUGAAUGCUAGAUGUGUGAAAAUGUUCAGCAGUAGUGUACUAAGUGCCAUUCUUUUUUUCUUUCUUUUUUUUUUUGAAAUGAAACGAGGCUGUGUUUGACUCAUGGGUUGACACAUGCUUAGAUAGAAGAUGUAAACCUUUACACAUGCAGAUAGAAACCUGUCCUGCAGCCUUAGUGAGCACUAUCCCAUGGGCUGCAUAAGGCAGGUGUGUGUGUCUCAAUUGUACAUGACAUUCAACUAGCAUUCCCAAGAACAACAAGCAGCAGAGAUGAAAGCUGAGGUGGAGGCCAGGGCUCUCAUUUCUGAGUCGCACUUUCCAGCAUUCACCAGUAGAGGCAGACACUGAUAAGUCCACUCUUAGUUUGGCAUAUAGAUUAAAAUAAAAAGUGAGUGGCCACAGCAUCUAGAGCAAGACUGCACCACUAAAAAACUGUUCAUCUCAGACUUCCAAAUUUGCAAGUUUGCCAUCAGUAAUUAAAUGGGAAUUUUUUUUUUGGAGUUUUGCAAAGUUUAGUAAGUCAUAAAUGCAUAAAAUAUAUGUAUCAUUAAUCUGUUUGUCAUUUACUACCAUAAAUAAAUACACAAAUUUAUUCUAAAAAGUUAAAUUUUGUAAAAGCUUCAGUGCGCUGAAGGACUGCGGACUACGCUUGGACUAUGUUUGGGGACGCCACACUCUUUGUCUUGGCCAGGAGUUGGCCUCAGUGAAUUUCUGGUAACGUCAGCGUCCUAGCCAGCGUCCUGCCCUACAAUGUGUAAUUGAAGGAGCCAGACCAGACGGGAGAAAGAAAAAUGCCACGUACCAAGCAGAACAACCCCAAAAACCUAAAAGACAAGAUUGAGGAGGCACAGAAGGAGCUCAAAGAGCCCAGAGGUGCUCAAAAAGGCAGAAAUGAAAGUACAGGCAGAAGUUAUGAGAGCAUCAAAGGACUAAAGAGGAAAAAGGUUGUGGCUGAAAACCAACUGAAGAAGAUACCCAAGUCUCCAGUCAAGAAGCUGUCACAAACCAAGAAAUCUGUUUCACCUACAGACUGUGCUUUAUCAAAGGAAGCCACACCUGCCAGUUUAUUAUCCAAGAGCCCAGUACACAGUACCUCCAGAUCAGCCCAAGAUUCAGAAGAUGAUCAGCAGGAGACACUGGCAGACGAGGCAGUAAAAGUGGAGAACAAGGAUUUGACUACCUUACAGUCAGAGGCUCUUGUCCACCAAAAGAGUGCAGAUAAGACUUGUGUUGUACAGUCCAUGCUGGCCAAAAGCUGGAGUGAUAAAGUCAGCAACAAAGGCACAUCUGCCUCACACACAACUGCUCCUCUUGAAGUUUUGCUUAAGGCCAUGGAGCCAGACUUCAACACUUUAACAGAGAAGAAGAAUUGCAAUCCAAUUGGACAACUUGGGAAAGCCACCUCAGUUCCUGUUCCCCAGUCAGAUGCUGCCAUUACUAUGCCCUCAGUUAAUUUCAGUCCGCAUUCGCAGCCUGCAGUAAUGCAGUCAUAUGCUGCAGCUAAACCACCAUUCUACAACAGUGCAUCAACUGGAGUCCUAUCUGCUCAACAUCACUCCUCACAGCAGCACCUGACUAAGGCAGUUAAUUGCCAGCAUGACAAGCCAGGCCUUCAGAAGAGCUAUAGUGCAGGUCCAUCUUUUAACUUGACCUAUGCCCCAGUUCCCUCGGGAUCCAGUGCCCUGCCUCAAAGUCAGCCACCUAUAGUUCAGACAUGCCAGUCUCUCUCUGCCACUGUUCCCAACCCCAUCCAAGUUCCAGUCACACCAGGCUUUAACCCUGUCCAGGUGGCAACAGUUGUCAACUUUGGCAUGAAUCAAAUGUGUGAUGUCUCAACUAAGGAACAAAAAACAAAAAAGCAAGGAAAGUAUGUUUGUGAGUACUGCAACAGAGCAUGUGCAAAGCCUAGUGUAUUGUUGAAGCACAUACGAUCCCACACUGGGGAGAGACCAUAUCCUUGUGUGACAUGUGGCUUCUCAUUCAAAACAAAGAGCAACCUUUACAAGCAUAAAAAGUCUCAUGCCCAUGCAAUCAAACUAGGGCUUGUUUCAAAAGAUUCUGGAAGUGGGUCUCUAUCCCAAGAAUCUGACAAAGGCCUUGGUACCAAUUCAGAUGUAGAGGAAAGUGGUGAGAGUGAUGAGGAGGUGAAUACAGCUGAUUUGGACCCUGAGUCUUCACAGAGCAGCUUGACUGCUUUAUCUGAGAGCAGCUUGCACAGUUCAGGUACAGUGCCAGGCAGUCAAGGAGAUGCAGACCACCCUGUGAUGUAUGAAAAUAUCAAACCUUUGUCCAGUCAGAAGGGCUGCGAGCCCAAAGUAACUGCUGCUCUCCCCAAAGUCGUUGUUUACCCUGUCAAUGUUUCACCCUUGCGAGCAGACAGUCCAAGAGUUUCAGAUUCCAAUCCAGAGCAAGCGACAGCCCAAAGGCAAAGAGAUUUCCCAACAACAAGUCUAAGGUCCAAUGUAACUGUUCUGUCAUCACUGAAAGAGGUGGACUGCACAAGUCCCUUACAAGACUUCAUAAGUGAGGAUGAGAAUCAGCAGUGUAAGUCUCCAUCAGGGAGUGGACAUGCACAACUUCAGAGACAACAAGCAACUGACCAUUCUCAGCAGCCUCAGGGAAAAUGCCUGCUUAGCCCCCGAAGUCUAGGAAGUACUGAUUCUGGUUACUUUUCAAGAUCUGAAAGUGCAGAUCAAGCUAUGAGCCCUCCAAGCCCCUUUGUCAAGAUCACACCUCCAACAGAAAGUGAUCUGAAAAAUCCACAAGUUUUAUCUUCCCCAGUAGUGGCCACUGUCAUGCAUGUAGCAACCAGUGAAAAGCCUCCAGUUUUGCCAGGACAAAUGCGUCCCCCAUUGGAGACAAAAGCUCUUUCUUUAGAAGAGCGCAUCACAAAGUUAAUAUCAGACAAUGAAGCUGUUGUGGAUGCCAAGCAACUUGAUAGUGUCAAACCAAGACGUACAUCUCUUUCCAGAAGAGGUAGUAUAGACUCUCCCAAAUCAUACAUAUUUAAAGAUUCUUUUCAGUUUGAUCUAAAACCGGUAGUAAGACGGUCAAGUUCCAAUUCUGAUAUACCAAAGUCCCCCUUUACACCUACUGAUAAAUCCAAACCAAUAUUUCUUCUCUCUGUACCACCUCAAUAUCCAACUAUGGAUUGUUUACCAAUUACAAGAAGUAAUUCGGUGCCUACAACCCCUGGCCGGUCAGCUGUCCUCCCAAAUGCUACCCCUCAGCCCCAUCCUCUAAGGAUAUGCCAAUCAUUUGAUGACAAGAUUAGUUCACUAAAUGAUGAUGUCUUUUCUCCAGCACCUUCCACCCCAAAUCAAGUUGUACAUCGAACCUUAGUCAGGCAGAUAGCAGUUGAAGAUUUUUCCACAAAUGAGGGUCAUGUUCUCCUUUCUGUUCAUUCCAUGGAUGAAGGUCAUUUUGGAUCAAGCAUUACCCAUGAGACUCGAAGUAAGUCAUUUGAUCAUGCACCUGAAAGAACUCGAAAGACUCAACAAAGCAAAGGGACAACAUAUGAAUGUGAAACCUGUCGUAACCGGUAUCGAAAAUUAGAAAACUUUGAAAAUCACAAGAAGUUUUAUUGCUCUGAAUUGCAUGGUCCAAAAAACAAAACUGUGCCAGUCAGAGAUGCUGAGCCAGAGGUUUUUGCACGUGGAACACAACAAUCUGUUUUAAGCAGAAGUAACAUUAUUCCAAGCAUUGUGGAUCAACCAAUGAUAAGAAAAAGACGUAAAAUGAAAAGUGUUGGGGAUGAUGAGGACCAGUCUCCAACUGAAACUCCACCUCCAUGUUCAAGAAGUUUCGAUUCCUGCCAGAUGUCCAUGGGUUUUUCAGGAAAUUCCUAUACACAACACACACCCACUUCUAGUAACCCUCCUUCUGUAGGUCAAAUUCAGCUCGUUGCAAGAGGCAUUGAAGAGGCAAGAUUGUCUCCAAUACGUGAGAUCCAUAUCAGCACAUGCAGUAAAGAAAGAGCAGAACCUCAGAGACAAGGAAGUGGUACUUCAGUCAUCAGACACACUAACUCUCUCAGCCGACCAAAUUCCUUUGAAAUGUCAGAGUCUUUUGACCGAUCCUCUCCAGUUGAUUCUGUGGAAAAGGAUGCAAACAGCUCAGUAAAAAGGCAUGUUGAAAGUACAAUUAGUUCUUCUUUGCAAAGUUACCAUGAAAAAAUGUCAACCCCCAAAUGUCCUAAUCAAGGAAUGAAUGAACUUGAUAAGCAAACUUCAUCGGUUACUAGUGACAUCUGUACAUCUACCCAGUCUAGGUUGGUGCGCCAGAACAACAUUCAAGUUCCUGAAAUUCUUGUAACAGAAGAACCAGACAGAGAGCAUGAAGCCCAAGUGAGUGAAUCAACAGAAAAGCCUUCAGAAACAUUCAACUGGCCUCAGAGAAGUGAGAGCUUGUCUAAACUUCCAACUGAAAAACUCCCACCAAAAAAAAAGCGGAUACGGCUUGCUCAAAUGGAACACUCCUCAGGGGAAUCUAGCUUUGAGUCAAGUCUCUCACGUAGCCUAAGCCGAGACAGUAGCUUGUCAAGGUGCUCCAGUAUUUCAGCCUCAUUUGACAGAGAUGAUCCUCCAAGAUCAGACAGUCCAUCCAGGGUGGAAGGUGUUAGGAAACCACCAGAGAUUCAAGGGCUCCCUGUAGCAAGCAACACUCUAGGAAUACCAGGAAUGAUGAGACGGGCUGCCUCAGAGCAAAUCAGCUGUACUCAACAAUCUGUAGAAAUUUCUUGUGAUUAUCGUAGCAAAUCAUUUGACUGCAGUACCAUAUCUCCCAGCAGGUCCACAUCACCAAUGGUAACUACACUGCCAAAAAAUACACAGUGUACUCCAACUCCCCAAGUACCCCUUAUCGAAAGAAGAAGAGGACCCCUUGUACGUCAGAUGUCUUUGAAGAUUGGACCAGAAACACAACAACCAACAGGGAAACCAACAGUCUCACUCCAGAGAGGCCCCUCUACAAACAUUUUUUCUGUGCCCCAACAUAGAUCAUUAAAUGUUAAUAAACCUGUUUUGCUGCAUUCUGGGGAAUCACCCCUGAAGAAGAAUGUGAAAAUGGUUCAAAGUAUCAACCUCGGUAGCCAAACUCAACAACCCCAAAUUCAUGGUCUUCCCCACCCAUGGCACCAGACCUCAAAGCUUGACAAAUGUCAGGAGUCUCUGGUGCAUGUUGUGCAUGAUGAAGCUGAUAUUCAGAAGCCUGUUGAUGUGGAUCAUAUCAAGCACUUCGUACCCAAGUACCAGUUGCAGUAUCCAGUUUUGAAAACGGGUCAAGCACACUCGUUCACUAGUGUGCAGGGUGCACGAAUUACCUUGCCUGUUAUUACAAUACCAAUUGCAAAUGAGAUUAAAGUAUCAACGUUCAGCGAUGGUAUACAAAAUGCUUAUGAAACCCAACCAAGUCAGCAGAGUAUCUCUAACAGAGGAGUCUCAGUUGUUUUGCCCAUUGAUCCUGAAGUUGACACAGCUUCUCAGUCUUUUUCAGAACCUACUACAGUUCCACAGAUUCUCAUAACACAUGAACAUACACUACCUCCAUCAACAGUGGACUCCAAAGUGAACCUUUCAGAUGUGAAUAUAAAUGCAAAAAUUGGAUCAGACAGGCAAAAUGGAAGGUCACCUGGGUCAGUUGGCUCUCAAAUGAAGAAUAUUUUCCCAGCCAUUAGACAAAACCAUAUUGGUGAAAUCCAAAGUACAUCAUCUCCUGGUUCAUUACACUGCACUCAAAAACUGGUAUCAGUGAGCCUUUGUCCACAACAAGAGCCCACUGCCUCAAGUAAACGUAUGCUUUCUCCUGCCAACAGCCUGGACAUAGCCAUGGAGAAGACACAGAAACGGGCUAAGGAUGACCAUGGUGCUGCAUGUCUUACAGAUGGUCGAUCACUCAGUUACCUGAACUCAAAAAUGUCAGAGUUGACCAGACAGCGGAAGCUAAUGCUCGUUCGGCAGGUUUGCACCACUGAACCAGUAGACAGUCCAAUAGAAACAGAUGCCCCUGAGCAACUACCAGAAUGCACAGAACAUGAAAAAGAUAAUCAGGUAGAAAUUUGUCACACAAAGUGCGAUGUUGUUGAACAAGAAAUGGAGAGCAGGACACCUACCACAACUGUGCAGACAGUACCGGGAUCUAACACACAUUCCUCUCCAGGGAUGCAAAGCCAGUCUGGACCUGGAAACACAACACUGAAAUCACAGGACAAGCCUGAGGAGCAUCAAUGGUCUCCAGCUAAGUCUCAUGUGAGACCGCCAACAUUUCAGGGGCAAAUAAAAUUAGCUGCUUCUGUUUCAGUUGUGAACACACGAGACAGCCAUCGUCUGUCUUUCCCAAGUCUGAAAACAGCUACAACCUUUACUUGGUGUUUUCUGUUGAAAAGGAAACCUCUCCACAUUGAGCAGACAGAUCAGAGAAUCUCAGCCUACUCUACCUGGACAGUCAAACCCAAAAAUCCAAAUCCACUGGGUCUUCCCACCAAAGUGGUCAUGUCUCUUUUUGACUCCAAACAGAUCUCCAAGAAAAUACUGUAUACACAAGCUAUAACAACAAGCUUAAAAUCUGACAUAUUGACUUACUCUGGCAAACUGAAAGAGGUUUUGCCAAAGGUGUUGGACCAACAUAACACUUUGUUAAAUGAGAAUUGUGGCAAGGCAAAACCAGAGAGUCAGUCAAGCCAGGAGUUAGACACCUCCAAAGCAGAACCUCGACGGGUGAAGAUCUUUGAUGGAGGUUACAAAUCGAAUGAAGAAUAUGUGUAUGUAAGGGGUCGUGGAAGGGGUAAAUACAUCUGUGAGGAGUGUGGGAUCCGCUGUAAAAAGCCAAGCAUGCUGCGCAAACAUAUCCGCACGCACUCUGAUGUUCGCCCCUAUCAUUGCGCACAAUGCAAUUUCUCUUUCAAAACAAAAGGAAACCUUACAAAGCACAUGAAAUCCAAGGCCCAUAGUAAGAAGUGUAUGGAGAUGGGAGUUGCCAUUGGUGUUAUUGAGGACCACGAUACUGAAGACUCAGGAGGUGAUCACGGAAGAACAGGCAAUGCAGAUCGGCAAGAUUCAGAUGGUGAUGAUUCAGAUGGCCCCGAUGACGAGGAUAAUGAUGGCGAGGAGGAAGAUGAAGAGGACAGCCAGGCAGAGUCAGGCCUCUCUGCCACACCUUCAGUAUCUGCCAGCCCCCAGCAUCUCCCAUCAAGCCAGGCUGAUCCAGCACCAAGCUCCCUCCUAGCACAAAUGUCCAUCAGCCCAAACCCUAAUCCAACUCCUCUCCCUCAAAUUCCAGGAUCAAAGUCCCAGGCAUUAGACACUGAUUCAGUGGCCAUAACCAGCUCAGUGUCAUUGGUGAGACAGAUGUCAAGCUCUGCUGUUUGCUCUAGCCGUGGCCCUAGCCCCUCUUCCUUUGUCUCCUACCCAGCUCCUACCUCAGAAUCCAAUUCCUCUGACACAGAGUCUGUACACAUGAUGAGCCCAGUUUCACCCUGCAGACAGAUGUCCAUUGAUUAUCCUGACCCUGAUGUGCCUCCUAGUCCACCCGUGCCAAGCAAGAGCUCCUCGUCUGGUCAGGAUGAAUCAACCUCUAGUAAUUCCCAAUCCACAAAUGAAUCUAACUCCAAUGUUGACCGAAGCACCCAAACAAUUUCAGACUCCCUUCAGGGAUCUUUGCACUUUCCAUCUCUGGGUCCAGACCAUGAAUUGGGAGCUGGAGCCACUACUCGUCUCUUCAGCCACCUCCCAUUACACUCCCAGCAACCUACUCGCUCCCCUCACAGCAUGGUACCAGUUGGUGGUAUCCAACUGGUGCCUGCUGGAUUGGCUGCAUAUUCUACCUUUGUGCCCAUUCAGGCAGGGCCUGUCCAGCUCACCAUUCCAGCAGUAAGUGUUAUCCACCGACAGGCUAGCAGCCCCCUCCCAGUGUCCAACACCUCACCCCAGCCCCAGGGCUCACCUUGUCAGCCACUUGUGGUUCAGGAACCAAUCAAUAGUGUCCUGCCCUGCUUCCCACUCGGCCAGGUGGCAGGGCUUCAGACCCUCAGUGCUCCCCAGGCCACACUGCAGCCUGUUGGCAUGGAGACACUGAGUGUGGUGGGUUUAGCUAACUCCACCCAACUUGUGCCACAGCAAAGUCUUGCGCUAAAUGCAGCUCUGGGUGUGCAGGUGCUGGCAGCCAACCCAGCACCUCAGAGCAGCACAGCCUCCCCAGGUCAUAUUCCUGGCCUGCAAAUCCUCAACAUUGCCUUGCCUGCUCUUAUCCCUUCGCUCAGCCCACUUUCUGCUCUCAGCCCUUUGGUUCCAGACAAGCCAGGCAGUCCGGAAGGGGUGGCCUCAGUUUCCUUACCUACACAAGUAGCAGAGUCUCCCCCAGCAUCUUCCCCCUCUGGUAGCUUUCCUGCAGCCUGGCCAGCAGCAACACCUGUAGCAGUAGUUCCCGUAGCUGUAAAGCCCUUGGUGGAAAUGACCUCACCAAGCAAACCCACUAGAAGUGGAAAAGAUAUAGUGCUCAGCACAACAGAUGCAGAAAAGGCAAAAUCAACAGCACAAUCACAUGCCUCCUCUUCUACUGAGGGAGAAUCUGAGAGUGCACAAAAGGCACCAUCAGUGGAAGUUGGUGAGGCAAGACUGCCACGACAACCCAUCACCAAGCAACCAGUAACUGAUGACUUCAACAAUGCCUCCAGCGAUGAUGAAGACAGACUUGUCAUUGCUACCUGAGAGUUUCUUAACGGAAACUCAAUACUUCCUUCUUUCUGUUGAUCUCUCUAUCUGUCUGUCAAUUGCUUUAGCUCUUUUUUGUAAAACUUUGUCACUUUGUAAAAGUGAAAACACUUAAGGGGGUGUGCAACCUUGCCAGCCACCUAUAAAGCACACUUUCUGAUAUUCAUAAUUGUAUGUGCAAUCAUAAAUGAUGACCAAUUUUUUUUUUUUUUUUUUUUUUUUAACUUUUUUUUGGUCACCUCCAGAUAGUUUUGUUUUUCUUUUUGUACAUGUUGUACAGACACUUGUGCCUUUUCGGAGUUUGUUUAGAAACCUGUAAAUAUUAUCUUCCAAUUCUAGUAUUUGCCAUGCUUAAUUAGCCUAGAAGUAAUGGAACUAAGUCAGAAAAAAGAAUGGAGGGAUAUUCAUUUUAUUUUCAAAUGGUUGUCAAUGGUAAAUAAAUGUUGUACUGAUAUAUGAACAUUUAUAUGGCAUUUGGGGAAGUGUUUUGGUGUACAGAUGUUGUGUUCAUCUAUUUAUUAUAUUACAUCUAGUGCCCAGUUGAUCUCCAUAAGUCCAUAAGUAUGUGUAAAUGGUGACUUUUCAUGGAUGUAUCUACACAAUCAAAUGUAUCAGUAAAAAAUUUGUUUACAACUGUA